AUGGCGAAAACGUACCCCGUGCUGCCGCGCGGCUCGGUUUGUGUCAUCGUCGCCCCGGGCGAUAUCGCCAGCCUCGCGAAGAGCGCCCGACACAACCAUUUCAAGAGGUUCCAGAUACACAAGUUCUCGGAGCAUGUUGGCAACGUCGGCCGCCUCCCGUUUCAGAACCGCGUCGGCCACUCGGUGAAGAACAUGCUCAAGAGCGGCGCCGAGAAGGCCGGCCCGCUGCGGUCCGCGCUGGAUUUGGUGCAGCCCAUCAACUCGGCCUUUCGCGAGCACUCCACCUGGAAGAUCGACAUGCGCGCCGUGGAUAGCGUCUUCCAGGGGCGCCGCCAGGGGUGGAACCGCGGCUACCCGGCCGCCCAGAAGAUCUUCCAGGGCAACAGCAGCACUGUCAUGCGCCGCGUCGUGCAGAUGCAGCACUCAUACCUGUACGGCGGCGCGAGCGGCAUCAAGCCGCUCGUUAGCAUCCGCAAGGACCUCAUGGAGGUCACGGGAAACCUGCUUGACGGCUCCGACUUUCUCGAGCUCAUGGAGUACGGAAUCCGCCGCGGAAAGCCACGUACCUUCACUUAUGUCCUCAUGCCCGAGCGCCUCUACAUGGCGGAGACAGGCGCCAAGUUCUUCAUCAACAUGAUGUCCAAGCACGCCAUGCAUUGCUCCGCGUCGCCAGAGGUCGUCUACGCGGGCGAGCUCCACUUUCGCCGCGCCCCCAUCGGCUCGGGAGAGCCCCUGUACACGCUAGUGCUCGACAACAACUCUGGCACGUAUACCCCAGACAAGUUCGACCUGCCGCUCGUUGUCGAGGUCUUCCGCCGCAACUUUACAGGCCUCGACGUCGUCGGCCUGCACUAUAAGGACCCGUUGUUGAAGCGCUACCUGUCAGAACUGCCGUGGGGCACGGGCGAGAGCGGGUCGAUGGACGCGAACACUAGCUACCGGUAGUACGCCGCAGGGUUCGGACGCGCGGGGUGCCGCAUAUUAUUACUAUUAUUGACAGGGUGGCGCGGCGCGUCCUCGUCUUUACGUGGUGGAGGGUAGAGAUUAGACGUCGGUCCAAUGUUUCGGGUUGAGAUAACCGUCUUCAAGACGAGUUUACCUGACACAUCCCUGCCAAGGGCCGAGGAGUUUGUUCUCAUCUGUUUAUAGACACAUGUUUCUCUCGUGACAUUACAGAUUUUUGCUGAGAUUUUCAUAUUCACGUCCAGCGCUCUUC